UACGUCCACGCCAGCCAAGCGAGCAUCCCAUACGACUGUCUCCGGGACUGGUCUUCCCCGUGUAGCCACCAGGAGUAUCAGUGGCAAGCCUGACCUCGCUACAGCAGCGGCUGCGACGAGCUUGGUAGGUGGUCAACCCUGCUGAGGAGGGGAACACCAUACGGCAUCGGAACAGCAAUUUACUGACUGGUGCGAUAGAGGACGAAAUAAGCCGAAAAAACAGACCCUUCUCGGUUCGACACUUCAUAUUUACUUAUUUUUUUUCUUCCUCUUUUCCCCCAUUAAUUCUGUAAUCAUAAUUGUUUUCUUGUGGUAUUUCAUUUGUUUUUCCUUUUUACUAUCACUAAAGAUGCAUAGACAGGUCGGAUAUGUCCCGCGGUUUCCUGUUCCGCAUGAUGAUUGAGUUGAUUUGGAAUGGACGCGCAAGAGGCAGAAACCAUGGCGAAGAAGAUUCAUCUCAUAUACCCUACUUGGAAUCUGCAUGUGCUUUAUUUUCCGAUGAAUGUUGUUUUUAUGCAGCGGCUCUUAUAAUGUCUCUGCGGUGUGUUUAUUAUGACCUUGCCAGCUUGUUAAGACUCGCUGGUCACUUUCGUUGCUCUCUGUACCAAUGUCGAUUUGGGGAUUCUCUCUCUCUAACUCUCCCUAUCUUUUGCAUCUCUACCACUCUGAUUCUUUUUCUUAUGUCCGUUGACGGUGGCGGGCAGGCCACAUGUCGGUGGAUGGCCGCGUCGGUCUUCGUGGAGAUGAAGGGCUCCCUUGAGGGGCCAUGGAUGACGGGAUGGAACAAUCAAGAGGGCAGCGAUGUGAUUUCACUUGUAUAUUGCUCCUGAAC